UUGUGGAGGAGUGACAGUUCUCUUACAAAACAUGUGUAAGGAAGACUGUGCAUUACAAAUGUAAGAUUUCUGUUAGAUACAAGAAUAUGGCAUGCUGGGGAUAUUUAAAUAAAUGGACCAAAGUACAAUUUAUUACUCACACGUCAGUGCUUUCGCCAAGUAAAAGAAUCAUCCUCCAUCCACAGCAGAGAUGUGCUUUCCGUAAAGUGCAAAAGAAACCUGAGACCAGAAAGGGGUCUCAUGAGGAGCCAGGUCGUCCCCCUGGGGAUGUGGCAGAGGCUGGAUUGCCACGGAAAGAUGCCCCAGGGCCCCCUCACCCUCCAGGGAUGCCUCCCAGGAACCCACGCAGGCUGAUCAAGCCUUUGAUGUUCACCGUUGGGUUUACAGGCUGCUCAUUUGGCGCGGCCGCCAUCUUGCAAUAUGAAUCAGUGAAGUCACGCUUGGACAGUCUGUUGGAGGAGAGGGAAUCUGAGAAAACGGACAAGUUCCAGACUCAUGACACAGCCCACUGGCACAACUGGUGGAAUCAGCUGAGCGACUUUCAGCGGCAGGUGAUCUUGUUUAUGUCUGUGAUGGACGACAUGUGGAGCUCGCUGAGUGAAGGCCAGAAGGUGGCCACAGGUAUCAUUGCCAUAAAUGCUGCAGUGCUGUGCUGCUGGAGGAUGCCAUCAUUACAGCGUUCUAUGCUGAAGUAUUUCACCACAAACCCAGCCUCCAAGACCCGUUGCCUUCCCAUGGUCCUCUCUUCCUUCAGCCACUAUUCCAUUGUUCACAUGGUCGUCAACAUGUACGUGCUAUGGACCUUCUCAACCAGCAUCGUCUCCGUGCUUGGCAGAGAGCAGUUCCUAGCCUUCUACACAUCUGCAGGUGUAAUUUCCACUAUGGUGAGCUACGUCUGCAAGACUGCAACGGGGCGACUGCAUCCCUCUCUUGGAGCUUCUGGUGCCGUUAUGACGGUUCUGGCUGCUGUCUGCACCAAGAUGCCGGAGGCUAAGUUAGCCAUCGUCCUGCUGCCCAUGUUCUCAUUGACUGCAGGCAAUGCCUUGAAAGCUCUGGUUGCCAUAGACACAACUGGCCUUUUCCUGCGCUGGAGGAUAUUUGACCACGCAGCCCAUCUGGGAGGAACACUGUUUGGAGUGUGGUACAUAGCAUACGGUCAGGAGCUGAUCUGGAAGAGCAGGGAGCCCCUGGUGAAGUUCUGGCACGAGCUAAGAAGAGGGAUGUCCGACGGUGGCAGAGGCCCUCCCAGAGAUGGACGGAGAGGUGGUGGAGGGAAAGGAGGCGGCCAAUCCUAGUGACCCAGAACCUCCAGAACCCACUGCACAACUUCAAGUGUUCUACAAUGUCUCUUUUUUAAAUCCUGUACUCUAAACAGUAAUACUUCAGGACAUUGCGUAUGGAAUUCACCGACCUCACUGUCACGGGUGUGUACAGAAUUAUGGCUGUUGCAGUAGCAACCCAUGAUUGUUUUAGGAGCAUGAGAGAGAGUGGAAUGAGUGAAUAAAUAAGCCUGAUUAGUUGUCUGCAGGCUGACCCGGGGAUUGUGGUUGGAUAGUGGUGGCGUCUUACUGUAGACCCUGCUCACCCACUUCCUGAGGAAGUUCAUGUGGCCAGUGAGUAGCACGGACACAACAGGACAUUUAAUGUCACACGUGUUGAUACUUAUUGUGUCUCCAAUUCACUGACACUACUGUUUGUUGAAUGCCACCAGAAUUUAACUGGUUAAUGUGUCUGUGAGUAUACAUACAGAUCAGUAACUUGAGCUCUGGCACAAGACAGUUUAGAUAGAACAGUUUUGGGGGGAGAGAAAUUGAAGAAUUUAUUGAAGAUCAGAUGUAAUAUGCGAUCAGUGAUUGAACCCUUGUUCUGGCCCAAGUCUCUUUGCAGUACAGUGUAUUAAAACAUCAUACUUUCUUUA